AUGGGUCGGCUCGACCGGAGUGAUACCACGGCCUCACAGAAGACCGGCGUGAAACAACCUCAGCGUUGUGUUUCGCCGUAGGUCGGCAAACGAGCAGAUGGAUUACCUGAUGGUAAGCAAUUAGCGCCGCCCAUGGACACGCGCAACGGAGGAGUUACCGAGUGCGUUGCCGACCUCUCCAAAUCCCUAAUCCCUAGAUUAGAGAUUUGGAGUUUAGGAACUGGGGAGGGAUUGGGGAAGGGGAAUGAUUGGGCCUCCGAGAACAUUACUUUCCGUCGCAACCGCAAUAGGACUUGCUCAGAUACAGCGCUCAAUGACAGCGAUAUAAUCUCUGACACACUUGAGUCUACCGUCAAUAGUAUGCCAGAACUAUCUCAAGACGAAAAUGAACAACUUACUUUAUUGAAGACUAAGCUACUGGAUCUAGAAUCACAAUUACAAAGUGCACACCACGAAAUUGAAUUAUUGUCUGCUGAGAAUUCUCAACUACGAACAGCAAAUGAGGACUUAAUGAAAAAGAAUGAAGUACUCAGUAAAAUUACUAGUAGUCCAAUCAAACAAAAAUACAAUACACCAACAAAAAAAUCUAAAAAGCACAAUUUGGAAACUAAGCAAACACAAACGUGGACAACUAAUACUAAUAACACGGAAAUUAGGUCUACAAAACCCACGAUCAAAGCUUCAGCGUUAGAGAUCAAUAAAAAUGAAACACCUACCGUCGUCCAGAAAAGUAAAAUAUGUAUACUAAGCACUAACAAUAAAAAUAGAAUACUAUCGACCGCUGAGAAGCUUCUACUAGAUAGAUACAACAUAUGUCACUACAUAACACCUAAUGGUUCAACGGAGCAACUUCUUAACGGGAUACAAACAAAGCUGCGUGAUUAUACAAUGACUGAUUACUGCAUUAUAUUAAUUGGAGAAGAAGAUUUCAAGACAACUAGCAACUAUGACAACGACAUACUUUUAAUUCGAAAAAUACUAAAACAAGGUGAGGCGAGAGACAGUGUCAGACUCUUAGUGACAAAAACCCCCCCUGUUCCUUCUCCUGCUCUGCAUAAUGCAUUGAUCAGCCCUAUAGGCAUCCGUCUGUGGUAG